AUGCAGAGGGAAUAUUGUACGGUAUUUGCGUUGAUUAUUAGCAUUUCGUUUGCAUUUGCAGACAAUUUAUCAGUGAAUAAUUGGUCCUCCGAUGAUGACACGGUACCGGAAAUGCUACCAAAACAGAUGCGUGACAAAAGCGACGACGAGAUUCAAAAAGCUGUUUUUCAAGCAAUUGAAAACCAGCUCAAAGUGAUUUCUGAAUACAUGUGUCACAUGUUGGACCCAGAAUCUCCGUACGGAUUCUUUAAAGACGAAAUGCCGAUUUCGAAUGCGAGGACUUCUAAUCCACAAUCUGAUCUCAUAUUUUACAAUAAUGCCAUCAGAGGAUUUAUUGCACAUAAUAAAAACACUAUUAUCAUUAAAUGGGUCCCGAAUCAGGUAAUUCAUAUUAUUGAAAAAAUUAGCAAUUGCCACAUUGCUACUAGUGAUUCUCCUAAUGUCAAGCACUUCAUUGAAGAUAUCGUUUUUCAACAAGUAGCCGAUCGAGUGGUUAGAGACACGCACAACAACAUCACCGUGGCCAUACGUCAGGUUAUCAAACCAUACAUCAUAUUCAAGAAUGACACCGAUCAAAACUUUCCUGGUACAAACGGAAAGCUUCCCAGCGGUAGUGUAGGGUAUAGCAUCAGCAAUUCGGUCAUUAGUGGCUUUGUUAAUUCGGUACACAAAUUGAAAAAGGUCACCACAAAAAUGGCCACCAACACGGUUACAGCUGAUGUACUCACAACAAUUCAUAACUUAGACGGUAAAUUCGACUUUAAGCUCCAGGAAAGUAAGCCUACCGUCGGCCAAGCAACGUUCACAAUCAGCAGAAUCGAUAUCAACAUAUCAUGCAACAUUCUUAAGCCCGUCGAACGCAAGACUGAGGUCGUAGUGAACCAGCCAAAUGUUAAAUACGGUGCAAAGUUGUCGGCCGACAUUGAAAAAACAUUGACAAACGCAUUUAUCGAUAAUGUUAAAAUCCAACUGAACACGAAUAUAUGCAAAGCUUUGGGCCAGAUGAUUAAGUCGGGAAAAUAA